AGGACUGUUUCAGGCAGAGGUUUGAGCAAUGGCUCCUAAAGUUGACAGUAAGAAGGCUGAUCCCAAGGCUCAGGCCUUGAAGGCUGCCAAGGCUGUUAAGUCAGGGCAAACCUUCAAGAAGAAGGCCAAGAAGAUCAGGACAUCAGUCACAUUCCACAGGCCAAAGACAUUGAAGAAGGAAAGAAACCCCAAAUACCCCCGCAUUAGCGCACCACCAAGAAACAAGUUGGACCAUUACCAGAUCCUCAAGUAUCCAUGGACCACCGAGUCUGCCAUGAAAAAGAUGGAGGACAACAACACCCUUGCCUUUAUUGUUGACAUCCGUGCUGAUAAGAAGAAAAUCAAGGAUGCAGUGAAGAAGAUGUACGACAUUCGAUCAGGCCUGAUGGAACCAAGAAGGCAUAUGUUAGGUUGACACCUGACUACGAUGCAUUGGAUGUGGCUAACAAGAUCGAUUGUUAAAGAGAAUGAAGAACCGGUGGAAUUUUUGAGGUUA